UUACAACGCUCGUGCUCGAUCAACAGCAGUCAACAGACACCUGUACCCGUCUGCUGACGCUUCGCAGACCGCAGUGUAGACGCAGUGUAGAGAGAGAGAGAUUUGUGCGCGUUUCUUUGUGCCAGUCGCGUUGUUCGCGACAGUCGAACGUUCGUUUGAAUUUAAAGGAAAGGAGGAAGAAUUCUAUGUUCGAGAACGAGAGCAGCAAAGGCAUCGCAGAGAGAAGCUAAACACUCCGGGCUCCGGUUUCAGACUCGAGUACUGUACUGGGUGUGUCAUAAUGCGUGCUAUUCUAGCCUUGAUAUGCGUGUUUCUACAAACGGUUGCGGCUCAACGUACGCCGACGAUAUCUUACAUAUCACAGGAACAAAUUAAAGAUAUCGGUGAAACGGUAGAACUACUUUGCUCCGUUCAGUAUGCACAGGAAUAUCCAGUCUUGUGGAUAAAAGUUAAUAAAGAAAGUGUACACGAGCAAGUGGCACUUUCCACCGGCACUGCUUUGAUAAUUAGAGACAGUAGAUUUGCUCUCAAGUAUGAUACAGCGUCUACUACUUACAACUUGCAAAUUAAAGAUAUACAAGAAACAGACGCUGGAUUCUAUCAAUGUAGAAUACAAAUAUCUGUAAACAAUCUUAUAAGCGCAGAAGUGGAAUUACAAGUCCGUAGACCACCGAUAAUUAGCGACAACUCGACCCAAUCUCUGGUAGUCAGCGAGGGACAACCCGUCCUACUGGAAUGCUAUGCAAAUGGUUAUCCGACACCCAGGAUAUCGUGGCGUAGAGAAAACAAUGCUAUUUUACCCACUGGAGGAUCGAUCUAUCGUGGUACCACGUUAAAAAUAUCUUCCAUACGCAAAGAGGAUCGCGGAACGUAUUACUGCAUCGCUGAGAAUGGCGUUGGACGCGGUGCCAGACGUAAUAUUAAUGUGGAAGUUGAAUUCGCCCCCGUAAUUACAGCGCCUAGACCUCGACUCGGACAAGCUUUGCAGUACGAUAUGGAUUUGGAGUGCCACGUGGAAGCGUAUCCUCCGCCAGCUAUUAUCUGGCUCAAAGACGACAUACAGUUGUCAAAUAAUCAGCAUUACAGCAUAUCACACUUUGCGACCGCGGAUGAAUAUACUGAUACAACGAUUCGAGUUAUUACCAUAGAAAAGCGACAAUACGGAGAAUACCUAUGCCGCGCAGCCAACAAAUUAGGCACUGCCGAAACGAAAGUCGAGCUUUUUGAAACCAUUAUUCCCGUUUGCCCGCCAGCUUGUGGUCAGGCUCAUUAUGGAACCGGUGUAGUUCCAAUUUCUUCUGGACCUUUGGUAGUUCUAGUUAUAUUAAUUUCAAUGACAAUGAGAAAUUUCUACGCCAAAUAUUAACUAUCCGGGCCUUCAAUGGGCAGCGGCGAAUCAAUGUGACUUCUUAAAAUGGCUCUAUGCAAUCAUCAGCUUUAUUGUUGUUGUAAUAACGCUGUAAAACCAAAACUGUAAAGGCCUCAAUUACUGUUUUACUAACUUACUUUCUAUAUUUGUAUCAUGCAAUUAUUUUUAUAGUUAUUUACAACAGAAUUUAUCAUUAAUGAAAAACGCGCAUAUCGUGACGAGUCGAGUCACCACAAUGCAGUUGUUGAUAGAAAUUUAGUAUCAUUAUUUACAAAUUCAAUUUUUUACAGUACCUUUAUUUUUAGAAUAAACUUUUUAUAUGUAUAUAUAGGUAUAUGUAUUUAUAUGCAAAUUUUAUAUUGGAAUCUUUAUAUUCAAUUUAUUGGUGUUUUUUUUUAAUAUUUUUUUAAAUUUUUAUUAUUGACCCCUUUCUCUUGGUACGCGUAAUUACGCCGCUCAAUUUUUACAUCGAAAUUUUAACUUUAUUUAAAUGAUAUUAAAUCUAACGGAGAAUGCAGUCUGAUAGGAUGUUCCAGAGAAAAGGGACACGAUGUGAUUCUCAUAAAUUUAUCACGCUAAUAUGAUACUUGUUGGCAUUUUAAUUACUAGAAAAAGUAAUUCAUGUACUCUUGCGAAUAUAGACCCCAACGAUAUACAAAUGUUGGAAAGAUAUAAAUAACUAACAUUCCAGUACACAUUUAUGAUGACACACCACGUAGUAUGUAAUGCGGCGGCGUUAAUAAACAGCAUAAUGAAAAUUUCUUGACUUCGAUACAACUGAUAAACGACGAUAAACGAACAAGUAAAAAGUAAUGAUAUUACAAAACACACUACAUUAUUAUCUUACUUAUAGUUAGUAGUUACAAAUCGACAAUACAGAUUUGUAGAAUUAUAUAGCUAUCCUGUUAACGAAAGAUUUUGGAAUGUCAUGAACAAAGAAAACAAUGUUGAUGUUAGUGCCUUGUUCGUGAUAUAAAAAAAUGUAAUUUAUGUUAGAAGUAAAAUUAUACAUGUGUAUAAGGUAAGCAAAACGCAUUACAGAACACAUUACGUAUAUUACUUGUACGUAUGUAAUAUAACACUUUAUGCGUCUUAUCAAGCACGUACAUAUUUCUACUUAUUGCACAUUUAUAAUCGCGAUGUAUCUUUUAACAAGGCGUAUCAUAUAGGUGUUGUAUAAUCUGAUAAGAGAAAGUAGAAAGAGGGAAUUUGGAUACAAAAGAAUCUCAGCAAGUUUUUUAUAUCGUCUUUACAAGUUUCCAAUUUUAUACCUGCUAAUAUCGUUAUUUGUAUUUGAAACUCGAUAUCAUGAUAUAUACAUACUCGUAAUACUUGUAAUAAUUGUAGUAUCUCUAUCUACGUUGUAAACAAUUGUGUAUUGUCAGAUAUAUAUCAUGGCUAUAUAAUAUCAGCGAUCAAGUUUUAUACAGAUAUUCAUUUCAGUAGUGUCAUAUCGCAUUUUAUUACUUCAAACUCCAUGCAUUUACAUAUUCAACCAAAUUUAUGUAUGGAACAAGCAAUAAAAUUUUAUAAAAAGAAA